CAGUCUGCUCCAGGUGGCAAGCUGCGUGAGCAAGCAAGCCAACAUGGACCGCGACUCGUACCAGCACUAUUUCUACGACUAUGACGGCGGGGAGGAUUUCUACCGCUCCACGACGCCCAGCGAGGACAUCUGGAAGAAAUUCGAGUUGGUGCCGCCGCCCUGGGACUUGGGUCCCGCCGCCGGGAACCCAGCCCUCGGCUUUGGUCUCCUGGAACCGUGGCCGGUAGGGUGCGCUGGGGACGAGACGGAAUCCCAGGACUACUGGAAAGCUUGGGACGCGAACUACGCCUCCCUCAUCCGCAGUGACUGCAUGUGGAGCGGCUUCUCCGCCCAGGAGCCGCUGGAGAGAGCGGCGAGUGACCUGCUUGCCGUUGGCGCGCCCUCGGGAUACUCGCCCAAGGAGUUCGCCACCCCCGACUACACUCCUGAGCUCGAUGCCGGCAACCUAGCGCCCAUCUUCCCCUGUUUGUUGGGCGAGCCCAAGAUCCAGGCCUGCUCCAGGUCUGAGAGCCCAAGCGACUCCGAAGGUGAAGAAAUCGACGUGACAGUAAAGAAAAGGCAGUCUUUGAGUACGCGGAAGCUAGUCACCAUCGCGGUGCGUGCAGACCUUCUGGAUCCCCGCAUGAAUCUCUUCCACAUCUCCAUCCACCAGCAACAGCACAACUAUGCUGCCCCUUUUCCUCCAGAAAGCUGCUUCCAAGAAGGGGCUCCAAAGAGGAUGCCCCCAAAAGAGUCUCUAGAGGGAGAAGCUCCAGGGGGAAAGGAUGAUAAGGAAGAUGAAGAGACUGUGAGCCUCCCACCUGUAGAAAGUGAGGCUGCCCAGUCCUGCCAGCCCAAACCCAUCCGUUAUGAUACUGAGAAUCGGACCAAGAAGUACCACAGCUCCCUGGAGCGCAUGAGACGGAAUGAUCAACGUUCGCGGUUCUUGGCCCUGAGGGAGGAGGUACCCGCCCUGGCCAGCUGCUCUAGGGUUUCCAAAGUAAUGAUCCUAGUCAAGGCCACGGAAUACUUACAAGAACUGGUGGAAGCCGAGGAGAGGAUGGCUACGGAGAAAAGGCAGCUCGAAUGCCAGCGACAGCAAUUGCAGAAAAGAAUUGAGUACCUCAGUAGCUACUGACCAAAAAGCCUGACCAUUCUGUCUUAAAAAGACACAAGUUUUCUUUUUGAUCUCCCUCUCCCCUUUAGUAACUUGUACAUUUUUGUUACAGCAGGACACUCUGGACAGUAGAUUGCAGAAUGCAUUGCAGCCAGUGCACAAACAAUAUAAAGGCUUGCAUUCUUGGAAACCUUGAAACCCAGCUCUCUUCCCUGACUCAUGGGAGUGCCUUGUGUUUUCUGUCACCUUUGGCUUCUCAGCAGGCAGCUGAGGAGACUUGGGGUCUUCCUGGCUCACUAUCUCCAAAGAAAAGGCUGACAGAUGCCAUGCAACAGGUGGUGGAUGUUGUUGGGGGCUCCAGCCUAGAGGAAAUCUCACACUCUACAUGAACUUUAGGCUAGGAAAGGAUGUCUCUGGGGUGAUGCAAGGACAGCUGGGUGUGGACGCUCUCCCUGCGGCUCCAUUUUUUUCCAGGAGACACACAAGCUGCCUUGGGUGAAAACAAGCUCAGAGACUUGAUCAACGUGGACCAUUACCUCACUGUCAGACACUACAGUAGCUGAGGAGUUGGAAACCUUACAUAUAUGUAUAUAUUAUGAUGUUGGCUGACCCCCUUUCUCCCACUCUCAAUGCUGUGACUCAGAACAUUUAAGAGAGCUUCACCUGUAAGUAAUUUGUCUUAAAGCCCUCUGGGCUCUCUUCUCUGAGUGAGGGAACUUUCUGUCCUCACAAAGGACUUUGUCUCAUUCUGCCUCUGUUAUGCAAUGGGUUCUACAGCACCCUUUCCGGCAGGUUAGAAAUAUUUCUCUAAGACACAGGGAAAUGGGUCUUAGCCUGGGGCCUGGGGAAAGUUCCCAACUCCUGGCUCAUGAACUCAAUCCCUGCCCAGGUGUUUUCUGAGGGGCCCUUGAGGCCCAAUCUUUUCUCAAGGCGGGUGUGAGGCACCUUAGAUGGGAGAACUGUAACACUUCCUCUUUCGCACCUGCCUCUCAUCUCAAUCCUUGACUGAUGAAUUUGAAGUUCUACUAGAACCAUGAAAACUUGUUCCUUUCGUGCAUCUCCAAGGAGCUUACUGGCUCUGCAGCCACCCUUGGGCCCUCGCACCAGCCUGCAAUAAGUCAGAUGUCUUUCGCAGAAUCUGGGCCUUUCUGAAGUUUUCUGGAGAGCUGUUGGGACUCAUCCAGUGCUCCACAACGUGGGCUUGCCUCCUGGUGUGUUUUAAAGGAGCCUCCAGGAGCUCUGCUUAGCCAACCAUCA